AUGGUCAGGAUGGGGUGCAAGUGGUCGUCCAACUCAGAAUUCCACGAGUAUCCGGAGGACUUGGAGAUAGAUCCGAUAGAGGAGCACUUGCAUCUCAAGACCUGGAAGGACCCGGCCAACAGACUUCGAAUCCACAAGUCCGAGCAUGCGCAAGCUGCGAGCAGCACGUUGGACAAGAGUCGCUUCUUGGAAACGUUCUUGAACGAUGACACAAGUCAUAAGCCUCCCCCAGCAACCCGCGACGAGCAAGCGCACAACGAGCACAAGAAUGUUCCAAGAGAAGACGCCAACCCUGACGGGCCCAUCUCGACUCAGACCGUGAAGCCCGACGACGCUGACAAGAUAUACCUGAAUCAGGAUUCCCGUCGAAAGGCAUACUUGCGGUCGCUGGACCCGGAGUGCUGGCUAGAGUUGGUGAAGCAAGGAUACUUCCAGAAAGCAGAAGACCUGAUCAGCGAGGCAUCGGAAUUGGAGCUGAAGGAGAACGACGAGUCGUUGAGAUAUGGGAGAUUUGUUCACUCCCUGGGGGCGAUCUACGACUACAGGAGCAAUAUCGACGUGACUGGCCAACAGCAGUACCUCUCACUCAAGUCUGCCAAGUAUGCUCAACGCGCUUCCAUGGUGUUUCGCCAGCUGCUCGCCAGCGUCACAUCUGAGUCCAUGCGAGCGCGGCUAGAAGACUAUCUCGCCUCGUCGCUGCUCAUGCAAGGCAAGAGCCUGUGCAACACGUCCUUGGACGGAGACAUUGAGGACUUGACCUGCGCAGACGCCUUCACGAUGGCUGAGCAGUCGAUAAAAGAAGCCAAGGACCUUAGGAAGAAGCUCCAGCACAAGCAGCUGCCUGAGGCGAUCAUGGCCGUCGGCUAUGUGCACUACUGCAGAGCUGGAUGUAUACUAAGCGGCAAGUCUAAGCAUGACAGGACGGUCGCUCAAUUAGAAGCGGAAUACUUGAAUGCGCUGGAGAGCUAUCAAGAGUCGCUGGAUCAUUAUCUAAUGGGAGCAGGUGAGGAGCACACAGAUUCAAUCAGAAUGCGAUGCAACAUCGCGCUAGUCUACAACGUUAUGAGCCGAAUCCCUUGCGAGAAGAGCCUUGAAUACCUUGAAGAAGCAGAGAAGCAAUAUUGCAAGGUGCUCGCACUUCAGGAAUCUUUGUUCGGAAGAAGACACCAGCGAACUCAAAGGAUCCAACAAGAUCUCAAGGGCGUGCGAGAGAGAUUGAGCAAACUGUACCUUCUCCUCGCUCUGUGA